AUGCCUCUGUGUCUGAUCUGUUUGACAGGUGGUGUUUUCAAGCUGUAUCUUCAGUUUAGUGAGCAUUAUAAUGGCCAGCCACCAGAAAUAUUCUUUCACACAAUCCCUUUCCAUCCAAAUGGUGAGCUAAUGUGCUUGUUUCUGAUGUAAAAAAAACCAAAGCAGUGUUUUAUGCCUGAAAAUAAUUAUUUUAAUCCAGUAUCAUAAAGAUAAUAAUAAAUAUUAUUCAUGUUGUGAGGGUAAUUUAUUUUGUGCUUUUGUGUAUAAGUUCAUGCAGUGCUUCAACUGUGCAAAUUUAUAUAUGCUGGUACAUGCUUGUAUUGUUUAAGGUAAAAGAAGUGUACAAUACAAGAAUUGCAAAGAUCUUCCAAAAUGAAGGACAUGUUUUCUGUUUUGUUAUAGUUACUCAAAAAACACUUUAGGAUAAACUUAAAAAGUGCUCACAACUGAAACAGAAUGUUGGUCGGGUUCAUCUUGAUUCUUUCCAAAACACAGCAUUUUGACCUAUUUUUAUUUAUUCCCAUGAGUUUGCCACAAUAAUAAUAUUAUGUAUAUGGUGCCUGUACUAAUGGGUGCCUCUUUUACAGCACAUUCCCACCUCAACUAUCUGUUUGAACCAAUGUCCAUAGUAACACUUGUGAUUCUGUAAGUUUUCAGUGCUGUUCUAUCAUUCAUAUCAGUCUUUUAAUUUUUAGUUGACCCAGACACAGGCCAGGUUUGUGCAGAUUUUUUGGAUGACUUGAGUUGUUGGAAAGAAUGUUACUCAAUUCCCUACAUGCUACUCAGUCUCCAG